AUGAAUCUUCUCAUCCUCGCGGCCAUUUUGCUGGUCAUGGCAGUGGCUGGAUUUGUGGUGGCCCGGAUCUUGAUGAAGAAUAUGGGCCUCCGUAGAGGAAAUGCUUUGAUGAUUAUCGGAUUGAGUGAUUCUGGGAAAACUUGUUUGUUUUAUAAAUUAAAAGAUGGAAAAGUGGCUCGUACUCAAACGAGCGUGAAGGAGAAUUAUGGAAAGUUUGUUCCCAAGUUGAUUCAAGGAAUGGAGAAGGAAAUUGAAGUGGUGGAUAUUCCGGGACAUUCAAGAGUGAGACAACAGUUAAUGAAUCAAUAUUUGCCAAUUACUAAAAAGAUUAUCUAUGUGUUAGAUGCUUCCGAUUUUAAUGCUUCAACCAAUGCAGAAUUCUUGUACGAUAUUUUAACGAAUAGAAAAUUGAUAGAUCAAUACAAGCCUGCAAGCUUGACCAUAAUUUGUAAUAAGGCAGAUAUUGCCUUCUAUGUUAAAAAUCACAUGAAGAGAGAAUUGGAAAAGGAGCUUACAACUAUUCAUAACACCAAGAAGCAUCAACAUCAAUCUAUUGAUGAAGACGCCACUACUGCUCCAUAUCCACUCAUGGAAUCUAAGGAAUUUUCAUUUGAAAGUUGGAGCACAUUUAGAAAUAUUCCAAUUAAUUUCGAGUUUUGUUCAGUCACUAAGGAGAACGAUGAAACCUUCAUUAAGGUUAUGGAAACGGUUGUGAGUGAUUUGUAA